AUGCUCGAGGGACUUGAUGGAGUUGAAUGCAUCGCAGAUGAUAUUUUGGUGUGGGGAGAAGAUACCAGACAACAUAACCAACGGUUGAGAGCAGUCCUUGAUAGGUGUCGAGAGAGAAACUUGAAACUGAAUCGUGAGAAAUGCAAGACCCAGCGCACUCAGCUAACCUAUGUGGGGCACCUCCUUACUGCUGACGGUUUGCAACCUGAUACCGAGAAGGUACGCGCAAUCCAACAGAUGCCAGAACCAGUUGACAAGUCAGGUGUCAUGAGAUUCAUGGGCAUGGUCCAGUAUUUGGCAAAGUUUAUUCCGAAUUUGUCAGAAAUCAGUGCACCCCUGCGAAGCCUUGUUGAAAGUAAGACACAGUGGCAUUGGGAAGAACCCCAGAAGGAGAGCUUCCGACAGCUAAAAUCUCUGGUUGCUUCAACACCAGUGCUGAGGUACUAUGAUGUUAAUUCUCCUGUAACACUCUCGGUCGAUGCCAGUUCACAAGGCCUUGGUGCAGUGAUAAUGCAAGAACAACAACCUAUCGCCUAUGCAUCAAGAGCCCUUACAAGCACUCAACAAAGAUAUGCUCAAAUUGAAAAGGAACUGCUUGCUGUAGUCUAUGGUUGCAACAAGUUCCAUCAGUACAUCUAUGGUCAAACGAUCAAAGUAGAAACCGAUCAUAAACCACUUGAAGCUAUUUUCAGAAAGCCUUUGCACCAGACACCACUUCGAUUACAGAGAAUGUUACUUCAGUUCCAACGUUACAGCAUGGAAGUAGUCUACAAACCUGGCAAAGAAAUGUACCUUCCUGAUACACUAAGCCGAGCGUAUCUAAAUGAAGAGAAAGAAGAUCUUCUUGAUGAAGAAUUGGAAGUCAGCCUUUUGGAUCUGGAUCUGCCAGUUUCCCCAGCAAAGCUGAAAGAAUUCCAAGAUGCCACAGAGCAAGAUACAGCUUUACAGCACUUGAAGACUGUGGUACUUCAUGGGUGGCCCGAUAGAAAAAAUCAAGUGCAUCCUGACAUCCGCGAGUUCUGGUCAUACCAAAAUGAGCUUACGUAUAUGCACCAGCUUUUGUUCAGAAACCUGAAACUGAUCGUCCCGAAAGUCCUGAGAGAUGAAAUGCUGAAAAGAAUACACCAAGCUCAUUUGGAAAUCGUUAAAUGCAAGCAGAGAGCGCGGGAAAUACUCUUCUGGCCUGGAAUGGGGACUGAAAUCGAAGAAAUGGUUUCGAAGUGCCCAACGUGCAACGAAAACAGAAACAGCAACGCCAAACAGCCUUUGAUUCCUCAUGAAAUACCAGACCGGCCAUGGGCGAAGAUAGCAGUUGAUCUGUUCGA